CUCUAAUCUGCUACGCUAACCUACCUUACCUAACAGAUCUUCUAGCUCUACACAAGGAAAUAGCAGAUGGCUCCCGCAAGGAUCACCCAUGAUUACUAUGUAAUCCUUGGCGUGACACAGAGUGCAGACGAGACGCUGAUCAGGUCGAGCUACAAACGCCUUGCCAAGCUCAAACAUCCUGACAAGGACCUUAACAAUCCCGAAGCAACGGCCCAGUUUCAGUUGUUACAGGCCGCCUACUCUACCUUGAGUGACCCAGCUCAACGCCGCGACUAUGACACGAAUCAUUAUCCCUUCAUCCGAUUUUGGGGCCAUAACACAGCAAACAGUCCACUCAAGACCACAUCACAGAGCAAGUCGGCCAAUGAGACAGAUUCUCCCGAGGACGAGGUGCAGAAGCAUACUGUCCGUCUCUCUGAGCUCGAUGCCAAGCUAAGUAGCCUACGCGAACGGAAGUCGACGCUCUACCGUGAACAUUUCGAGGCCAAGCGGAGCCACGACAAAGUAUCCUCUUCUCUAGCUGGGAUUGAUGAGGAAGCCAAGCGAGACGCCAUGGAGGAGGCAGCCCAAAGAUCCUGGUACAACAUGCUGUUCGGCCCCAGGGUGACGCCCGAGGAACGGGAGGCUCGAACCCGCCGCAAGACGGAGCGUUUGACGGGCAGGCUUGUGCUUGAAGCAGAAUCCAAGAGGUACAAGACGCGGGUUAACACACUCCAAAAUGAGCUUGACGAGAUAGAGGGGGAGAUCAAUAAGUGGGUGAAUAUCCGGCGGUUCGUGGCGCGCCAGCGGGAGAACGCGGAGCAGGAAGCAAGGCUCGCAGAAAAGCAGCGGCAACAGGAAGAGCAGGCGCGGAAAGAAGAGGCCGAGCGUCUGGAGAGGGAGAAAAAAAGGAGGGAAGAGAGGGAGGCGAGCCUUGAGCGGAAACGUAAGCAAGCUGAAGCUAUGCACAAAUGGGAAGAGGAGCAAAGAACGAGGCUAGCUGAAGAGAGAAAACGGAGGGCCGAGCGGGAACAAAGAGCGGAACAAGACAGGAAGGCGCAAGAUGCCCAAAGGGCGAAGGAGGAGGAAGAGAAAGGUACAAGGAAGCGAGGAAAGGCAAAACAAAAGACAACCGAAAAUGGCGCAGCUGAUUGGAGAUCGAGGACAUCCUGGCGCCAGGAGGCAGCGCCGGCCAAUACAAACACAGCGUGCCUGCACAAAGGCUGGUGGGAAUAUCGAGAUGGAAGGCACUUGUGCCAGCGGUGCCAGCGGUGCCAGCGCCGGCAGGUCCGCUGCGCAUUCUGCUGUCCCGGAUGUGGGAUGAUGGCCUGUGCCUCGUGCCGCGACAUUCUGAAGGGCAAGGAGACACUUGAUAAGAAAUGAAUGGAGUGUAGGACAGCUGUGAAGAUUGAUGGCAGGGGACCUGUUGCGGCUUAACAUCGACUGGAAGUGUUGUACGCUCCCGAGCCGUGGCCGUGGCCGAAGGAGAGCAGAAUGUCCGACUCCGAACCGGUGAGGGCAUUAGAGAACUCGGCUUCACUUGGUGCACGGCCAGUGAUACAUAUCCACUGUGUGCAGCAGUAUGAAUAAGUUUAAUCAGAUCAACAAAGGGAAGUCGCGUGCUCUUGUUUGGCGACUUUUUUGUUGUCGUCACCCCAGCCACCCCCUAAUUGUAUGUACUCACCAGCCACCCCCUAACUAAUACGCUCACCCAGAGUCCGCGGCCGGAUACUUGCAGAGCAGGGCCAG